GGAAAAUCCGAAUUGGUCACACGCCGCAGUUGCUCGUAGCUGUUUGGACGCUACGUUAUGGGCGAGGGAUAUUUUGUCGCAGCAGGUCCACAUGGCAGUACAAGACAAGCACGGUUGCUGCAGGUUGCUGCACCGGCGUUCGCACAUGCUUCUGCAAACCUCCGUUGUCAUUUCCUGUCCUGUGCGCUGUGCUGUGACGUGCAUGGCGGACCAUGCGAGGAAGGUGUCGCUGCUUUGUGUCCUCAUCCUCCUAUUGCUGCUCCUGCUCAUACUGCACCUGUGGUCUUCGAGGCGUGCAAGGGUUGUGCCCCGCAAGCGGAAGCCGACGAGAUCGAGCAAGCAUCAGGCGUGUAAAGGAGGGAUGGGUGUCGGCGGCGACGGGGCGGAUAUGUUCAUGUACGGGGUCUUGGGGGGUGGCGGCGAGGGGUGUUUUCCAUCGGAUACACCACGUUACGAUCCAGCACUUUAUGCACACCUGCCGCCGCAUCUUCAGCCCCUUCCCGACGAUGAGAAUUGGCAGCCGCCUCCAUCGACUUUCGACCUCGCGCACGGCUCCACCCAGUCCAUAUCGGACAGUGAAAUGUGGGUGAGAGAUCAGUGGCCGAGGCAGGGGCCAAUGACGUCACUUCUGUUGGACGAAUUGCACCAGGGAAUGUGCCCACCCCUCGAUCGACAGUUGUCUUCGGGGGGUCGCCCUGCCGCAUCACAAACGCUUAUCAUCAAUCCCGCCAGCCGUUCUGAGGGCGACGCGUCAAUCGGACAGUCGGCUCAGCGGCCGGGUGCUGCAAGCUUGCAGCCAACAGCCGCACCUGCGAACACCAACAUUCAUGCAGAUCCGACGGUCACACGACCGACGGCGAGGGUUCGGGCAUCAUCAGAGGGUAGGCAAGCCAAUGUCGUGGACAACAUCAUCACCAAGGUGUUGACGAAGCACGCAACGAGUGACGGAGAUGGCAGUGGCGGUGGGGGUGCGGACUGUGAAAUCGUGGAAGAUGCAGCAGCAGACGACGUGGAGGAGGAAGACGACGAAGUCGACGCUGAGGAGCCAUGGCCUACGACAAAGAGCCAAAAGAAAAUGUCGGCGAGGAAACCAGCUCCGAAGGGGCGGGGGAAGGGGAAGGCCAAGGAAGGGGGUGGCGAGAGCGGCGGGGGAAGGAUAAUAUGGAGUCUGGAUGACUCCAUCACCCUCGUGUGCUGCAAGAGGAGCAAGACGAAACUCUUGCUGCGGCGGGCCAUAACUUUGCGAGGAUGAAGACGAAGCAGUGGAAAAUGGACUGACAUCGCGAAGAGGAUGGAGGUGCUGGGGUUGACCCGUGAGUGGGAUGUGUGCAUGAAGAGAUGGGAGAAUAUGUUCUCGUGGUACAAGAAGGUGCAAUGGAGGGAGAAGGAGUCCAGGUUGCAGUCGUUCUUUACGCUAACGCCGAAAGAACGAGCCGAUAAAGGGUACAAGUUCCAGAUGGAUAGCCGACUUUACGAGGCAAUCCAUGCCGGUCAGCACGGUAAUCAAACCAUCCACCCGCC